AUGGCCGCGCUCAGGUCCGCGCUCGGGUCCGCGCUCGGGGCCUCGCUCGCGGCAGCCCGCGCCGGGUCGCUGCCCCUGGGCCGCCGCCGCCGCGCUCCGUGCUCGGCCUCGGCCGCCGCCAUGGAGCCGGCGCCGCACUGGCUGGCGGGGCUGCGGUUCGACAACCGCGCUCUGCGCGCGCUGCCGGUGGAGACGCCGCCGGGCCGCCAGGACGCCGAGUCCACGCCGCGGCCGGUGCCCGGGGCCUGCUUCACCCGCGCGCGCCCCGCGCCCCUCCGGGAGCCGCGCCUCGUGGCGCUGUCGGAGCCCGCGCUGCGGCUGCUGGGGCUGCGCGCGCCGCCCGCCGACGCCGCCCGCGAGGCCGAGGCCGAGGCUGCGCUCUUCUUCAGCGGCAACGCGCUGCUCCCGGGCGCCGAGCCGGCCGCGCACUGCUACUGCGGCCACCAGUUCGGCCAGUUCGCCGGGCAGCUGGGCGACGGCGCCGCCAUGUACCUGGGCGAGGUGUGCCCGGCGGCCGGCGAGCGCUGGGAGCUGCAGCUCAAGGGCGCCGGCCCCACGCCCUUCUCCAGGCAGGCGGAUGGCCGCAAGGUCCUGCGCUCCAGCAUCCGUGAGUUCCUGUGCAGUGAAGCCAUGUUUCACCUGGGGAUCCCCACCACGCGGGCCGGGGCCUGCGUCACGUCUGCCUCCACAGUCGUGAGGGAUGUGUUCUAUGAUGGUAAUCCAAAGCGUGAAAAGUGCACGGUUGUGUUGCGCAUAGCUCCCACUUUUAUAAGGUUUGGGUCUUUCGAGAUUUUUAAGCCUGCAGACACGCUCACGGGGCGCGAGGGCCCCAGCGUAGGGAGGAACGACAUACGCAUCCGGAUGCUUGACUACGUGAUCGGCUCCUUCUAUCCCGAGAUCCAGGCGGCUCACGCUGACGACCGCGUCCAGAGGAACAUCGCCUUCUUCCGGGAGGUGACCCGGCGCACAGCCCGGCUGGUGGCUGAGUGGCAGUGUGUGGGCUUCUGCCAUGGCGUGCUCAACACCGACAACAUGAGCAUCUUGGGACUCACCAUCGACUACGGGCCCUUUGGCUUCUUAGACAGGUAUGACCCCGACCACGUGUGCAAUGCCUCAGACAGUGGGGGGCGCUAUGCAUACAGCAAGCAGCCUGAGGUGUGCAAGUGGAACCUGCAGAAGCUGGCGGAGGCGCUGGCGCCUGAGCUGCCCCUGGAGGUGGGCAUGGCCGUGCUGGCCGAAGAGUUCGACGCCGAGCUUCAGCAGCACUACCUGCAGAAGAUGCGCCGGAAGCUGGGCCUUGUGCGGACAGAGCUGGAGGAGGACCCGGCGCUGGUGGCCCGGCUCCUGGAGACCAUGCACCUGACUGGGGCCGACUUCACCAACACCUUCUGCCUGCUGAGCGCCUUUGUGGCAGGACCCUCGUCGCCCGAGCAGGCGGCCGUCCUGGACCAGCUCCUGGAGCAGUGUGCGUCCUUUGAGGAGCUGAAGCGUGCACUGCGGCCCCAGAUGGAUCCCCGGCAGCUCUCACUGAUGCUGAUGCUGGCACAGUCGAACCCGCAGCUGCUGGGGCUUGUGGGCAGCCGGGCCAGCGUGGCUCGUGAGCUGGAACGCAUAGAGCAGCACUCGCAGCUGGAGCAGCUGAGCCCGGCCGAGCUGCAGGCGAGGAACCGCACCCACUGGACAGAGUGGCUCCAGGACUACAGCGCACGCCUGGAGAAGGAUGCAGAAGGGGCUGGAGAGCCCAAGGCCUGGCAGGCAGAGCACAUGCGGGUCAUGCACGCCAACAACCCUAAGUACGUGCUGCGGAACUACAUCGCCCAGACAGCCAUCGAUGCCGCCGAGAACGGGGACUUCUCAGAGGUCCGGCGGGUGCUGAAGCUGCUGGAGGCCCCUUACUCCCGGGAGGAGGAGCCUACGGAGGCCUUGGAGCUCGGGGAGGCCGCAGGGGCAGUCGGCCUGCAACGCUCCUACAGCAGCAGACCCCCGCCCUGGGCAGCUGAGCUCUGUGUGACGUGAUCCUCGUAACACCUUGGGCACAGCCCAAGAGCUGCUGGCACCUGUGCUGCCGUGUCCUGAGACACUGUCUCUCCAUGGCGGCAGAGACGUCCAGUCAGGCCUGACCCGUCUCUGUCUGAUGUCGACUCUGCAGUGUGCCCAGCCCCAUGCUGCCUGCUCCUUGGAGAUGGAUGGACAGCCCCAGGGUGGGACGUGGAAGCCCCACCUCACUCUGUACAAGUGACCAGCGCCGUGCUGGCUCUUGGUGGACAAGCUGGCCCAGCCACAGGAGGCAGGAAUAAGCCCCUGCAGACAAGCCUGGUCCCCAGCCCCAAUAAACCUGGUUUCCUCAGG